CCCGUGUACUGGGGUAGCUUUAGUGGAUCCCCCUUCGUUUGAAGCUGCCUCAGCAGCACUACAGUCGUCGUUUGCCAGUGGGAAAGGUCGGACGCUUUGUGCUGCCCUUUCGCCCAUCCCCAACAGGAGUAAAAAGAAAGAGCGUGUGCGUGUGUGUGAGAGUGAAGGAAAACAUGGAAAAUUUGGUGGCUAAAGCUCUCGAUUGAUUCGGGGCGAGAACACACAACAUUUUUCCCGUCGAUUUUCGUUUUCCGUUUUACGUUUUUUCUUUGAGUUUUGACCUGUGCAAGUGUGCAGCACAGUGAUAAGAAGGUUUCCGAGUGCCAGAGAGUAGAAGACCACACACAUACGGAAGAUGAUGGCGGCAGCAGCAGCACAGAAGCAGGUUUCAAUAGCGGCGGUGAUCCUGAUGGCGGCCCUGGUGGCCAUGGUGACUGGGAGGGAAGUGCCCCAGGCGCUGCCCCAGUACGAGGCCAUGGGUUCGCGGUUCGCGGAUAACCCGCUGCGGCUCAUGAACCAGUACUACGAGCUGAUGAAGGCCCGCCGUCUGGAGGACGCCAUCAACGAGCUCGAGCAGGAGGAGUAUCAGCCCGAACCGCUCAAACCCGUCGACACGUCGCACCUGGACAGCCCGCCGAAGCCCCGCGCCGUCGAGAACUGGCCCCACGAGAGUCACGAGUUUGGCCAGGUGACGGCCGUUUCGAUCAACCGCGACGGCAACCCGGUCAUAUUCCAUCGGGGCCACCGCACCUGGACCGCCGAGAGCUUCAACGCGACCAACCACUAUCAGCUGAUUGCGGAUGGACCUAUUGAGGACAGUACCAUCCUGACGCUGAGUGCGGCCACCGGGGCCGUAAUCGACGAGAGUGGCGGCGGGAUCUUCUACAUGCCACAUGGAAUGACUAUUGACCGAAAUGGAAACAUGUGGCUGACGGAUGUGGCCCUGCACCAGGUGUUCAAGUUCAUGCCGGGCCAUGACUAUCCGAGCAUUACGGUGGGACGCCGGUUUGAGCCGGGUUCGACCCGGAACCAUCUGUGCAAACCGACUGCCGUGGCGGUGGCCACCACCGGAGAGGUCUUCAUCGCAGACGGGUACUGCAACAAUCGGUUGUUGAAGCUGAACGCCGCUGGACGACUGAUCAGGACCAUUCCGCAGCCGCCGGAGUUUCUGUCGCUGCAGGUUCCUCAUGGACUAACGCUGCUGGAGCAUUUGGAUUUGAUUUGCGUGGCUGAUCGCGAGAAUAUGCGAGUCGUUUGUCCCAAGGCCGGUCUGAAAACGACCUUCGGCGAGGGCACCCAAGCGGCCACCAUCCAGGAGCCCGACCUCGGACACGUGUACGAUGUGGCAUCCUACGGCGAUCUGGUUUACGCGAUCAACGGACCCACGGCCGACAUGAUUCCAGUUCGUGGCUUCACCAUCGAUCCCCGAUCGGAAACGAUCAUCGACCACUGGGGCAAGUUCCAGAACCCGCACUCGAUCGCGUUCUGCCCGAACGGAUCGGCCAUGUACGUCACCGAAAUUGGCCCGAACAAAAUCUGGAAGUUCGAGCUGGUGUAAACUGGGUUAGAGAAAAAAAAAGCACACAACCAAGAACCAAGUCAAUCGAGGAUUUAUUCAUGCUGCAGUUUAAGAACAAUUCACAGAGAAAAAACAAUGUAACCAGCCACAAUGUUUAUAGAAAUAAUAACAGUGCGUGGAAAAUAGCAACAACAAUAAUGUGUAAAUCAUCAAAUAUUCCAAGCAAACUUGUCUACUGCAAAAAAAUAAAAUGGUAUGUAAUAUUCAUCAAAAAUAAUAUCCACUAAGAAGUAGAAUCAAAUAUCCACUACAAAAAGGGGAAUGAUGGCAGAUGAAAAAUGACCACAAAACCAUCGUGGUCAUCGAUGAAGAACGAACAGAGAACUGUAGCUAAACAAAAAAAAAAAACAUAAAUUUCCAGUCGUACUUUUAUACGCUUUUUCCUUUUAAGUUUUCUGAAAACGUUUUGGGGGUCAUCAUUAUAUCUCAACAAAUAUAUUAUCAGUAAAAUGAAAAUAAAUAUGAUAUAUUCCGUUACUGUUUUCCGUUAGAUUGCUCGGUUUAUGAAACCGGCUAGUAUUAAACUCACUCUUACAUUCAGCGAUUAAUCUACACAGUAGUGUUGAACCAAUUUGUAUCAGUGUUAGACAUGUUACUGCAAAAUAAAAAAAAAAAAACAAAAAUGAAAUGUAUUUAGACAA